AUGGCCAACACAAUCAACAGUGUGUAUUCACUAGUUUUGGAACGUGAGUUAGACAAAUUACACCAAGAAACUGGAAUAGCAUCACUCUCAUAUUUAGGUUCUCAAGUAUCUCGGGGAAUAGCUGAAGUUCGAAGAGCCUACCUAGUUAAAUCUCUUAGGAGUGGAACAACUUUUGUGGACUAUGGAGAUGUAAGAAACCGUAUAGCUUACUUAUACAAGUUUGCUAUGUUUCAUACUGCAAUAGCAGAAUAUCUUUUUACGUUUCUAUACAAUACAUCUGUUUUAUUCCAAGAGACAAUCAUCAAACGUAGCUCUACACUGAAAAUCUGUUCCAUAGGAGGAGGUCCAGGGAGCGAAAUGUUUGGAAUAAUACUAGCCCUACAGAAACUUUUCCCUCCAGACACAAUCCAUGCUACUGUAAUUGACAUUUGCGAAGCCUGGAAAGAAACGUUUUAUUUCCUGCUAAUUGUUUUAGAAGCUCAACUGAAGGACUUGGACUUUAAGCGCAAAAGUCUCGUCUGUGAAGAUUUAUUUAACAGAGUGUGGUCGUAUGAAAUAGAAGAAGAAAUUACAAGUGCAGACAUCGUUACUAUGAUGAAGUUUGUUUCAACUAUAGCUUGGGAUGAACAAAUGUGCGAGCACGUGUUAAUGAGAAUCUUUCAACUCAUGAAGUUUGGAUCGUUUGUGGUUUAUAUUGAAAAUGCUGGGGGACAAAGUUUUAAUAUAGUCUCCAAAAUGGCCUCUAGGUGUGGAUUACGGGAGGUCAUCCAGCCCGUUAUCGGAAAACGAUUUAAGAGUUCUUUAAAGACAUUCGGGAUUUUAUCUGAAAUUCAAAGACAUGUUGGAAGUGGUCCUUUGAAAUCAACGACAGUCUCUUUUGCUGUUUGGCAAAAUAUUGGAAGCGAAAGUUUAUCACGGCAAACUCAGCAACGCAAUCCCUGUUAUGGAUCAAACUCAUUAAGUAGAAUGAUGAUCCGUCAGGAUUCUUGUUCUUCUCUGGAUGACAUUGAUUUAAGACCUCAACAAAGUACAAGCUACAAUAUCAAUACGAUAAUAAAUUCUGAUGACGAAGAUGACGAGAGUCUUGAAUCCCUUGAAGUCAUGUUGAUAAGAAGUACUACAUAUCCAAUGUAUAAACGAUCAAAUUUUCAGAAGUCCUUAGUUGAGCGUGUUUCACAACAAAUAUGGCAAUAUUGCACAAUCAUUUAACUGCCCAUAACUAACAAUGCCUUUGGAAGCAUUACAUUCAGAAACACGUCAAAAGGUUUCCGCUGUUUUUAGUGUUCCCAAAAUUCGCGAUGUUCUGUGAAGAAAUGUUGAUCAUUGUGGCUUGACAGUAUCAUAGAUUAAAAAUAUAUUAACUUUCUAUGUAAAUUUCAGUGUUAAUUAAUACUUUGGUAACUGACUAUGAUCCAAGUACUUUCCGGAAAGUGA